GACCACCGCUGCUCUGCAGUCUGCACUAGGUCAUUGCUUUCCUGAGCAAAGAAGAGUAAGAUGUCGUUUGCCACCACUUUACACUCACCACAACCACUCUUGAAGGACCAGACGCCCUUAUUCGCCCUCAGGGUUGGCUCCCUCCCCGCUAGGCCAAGUCUUGUUGCCUAUCGCCGUGGUUCUUUCCGUACCUUGACUCUCGGCGAUGGCCUUGUGGUCGGAGCGAAGUCCGGGCGGAUUGGAUCCUUCCGUUGUUUCUCAGCACUAACUCCUGAGCUGAAAACUACAUUGGAUAAAGUUGUUACAUCAAACAAAGUGGUUCUUUUUAUGAAGGGAACCAAGGAGUUCCCACAAUGUGGAUUUUCAAACACUGUGGUGCAGAUACUCAAUUCCCUGAAUGUUCCUUUUGAAACAAUAAACAUUUUAGAAAAUGAAAUAUUGCGUCAGGGGUUGAAGGAAUAUUCCAACUGGCCUACCUUUCCACUUUACAUUGAAGGGGAGUUCUUUGGUGGCUGUGACAUUACUGUUGAUGCAUACAACAGCGGCCAAUUGCAGGAACAGUUGGAGAAGGCGAUGUGCUCCUGAUGAAUUAGAAGAAUGAUCUUCCUAAGAAUAAACACCUGAUCGUGGAUGCAUUAUUAAUUUUAUGGGGUUGGACUCAAACCUUGAUUACAGAGGUUGUAAGUUUCACAGAAUUACCUAAUUAUUUCCAUUGUAUUUACAUCCCUUUGGCCAAUAUCUGAUGUGUUCCCUUCCCCAGCUUCCAACCUGUGGCUUAGUGCCCCUUAUGAUGGUGGGUGCACUCUUAUUGUGGUUUCUUAUUCAAUCAUGCGUGUUAGGAUAGUUGAAGACCUCACCAGUAAAAUAUGCUGCAAUUGAAAUUUGUUAUAUAUUUGUGAUGGGCUCUAAA